UUGGCGUGCUUUAUAUUUUUAUUUACAAACGUCUUCCGUAGCAGCUGUUAGUAGAUCUAACGCAUUGCUGUCAUUAAUGCAUUAUAUUUUGCUUGUUUAGUCGAUAGAUACUCAAGUGCAUAUAUCACUAUUAUAAGUUUUUAGUUGAUUCUAAAAUGUUAAAUAGUGAUAUUAAACCACCAAUCAAACCAAGAAGAAAGCAUCUUGAGGUCCCCGUUCACAAACCCGAAAGAGACAAUAGCAAUCAACAGAAGAUUAAAAGGACUUAUUCAGCAAAUUUCAGUUCGAGAAAACAUAGACAUAAAAACGAUUGUCCAGAGAACGUACCCACACAAAAAUAUAGCGAAGUUAUAAUCGAGUUACCCGAGCGUGAAUCAUCUCACAGAACGUGUAGGAAGGGUUUAACUAGGGAAAUAGAAAAACUAACUAGAGAAAAUGAGGAAAUUGUCGAAAAAUUUAAUGAACUUGAAGAACUUUCCGUAAAUCGGAUAGUGAAACUCAAAGAAAAAGUCAAUCAUUUGCAAGAUAUCAAUGCGGAUAUCAGCAAGCAAGCUGAAUCGGUCAAAUACCAAUACGAUGAACUAUUAAAAUGUUAUGAUGAUGUGAGGAAUCAGUUAGAGUUAACUAAAGUUUGCAAGAAUUGCGAAAAAAUAAAUGAAACUUUAAGGAAAAUAAACGAAGAAAACGAUAUUUUGAGAAAGAAAAACAGUAAUAUAAGUGAAGAUUUGAAUAUGCUAAAAACAGUGAUAUUCAGAUUAAACGUACAGUUAGAACGAUAUCAAGAAAAAUUAAGAAAGUAUAAUUUGAGUUUAGACAAGUCCACGAUUCAUCUUAGACAAGAGCAUUUUUCAAGUAGUCAGCUUAGAGAUGGAGAAAUUAUAAAUAUAUUUUCUAGCGAUCAUCAGAAUCACAAACACACCCCUAUAUCGUGGGGAUCUGUAAACAGUCAUACUUUAGGACCACUCCUAGAUGCCUAUCAAGAUACAAUAAAUGAGAAAGACGAAAUUAUCCAGAAUUAUGAGUUAGAAUUAGCAAAAUUUACUGGUCAAAUGAAAGAAAUUAUAGAAGAAAAUGAAGAACUUUACAAAAAAUUAACAGAAGAUGAAAAUUGUAGCACCAAAUUAAAAACACAACUAGAAAAUAUAAAAGAAGAAAUUAAAGUAACAAAGGAGCAAAAUGAUGCUUUAAUUAAAAAAUGUGCCAUAAAACAAGAUAAAAUUGAAGAAAUUUUGAGAAUUUACGAAAAUAAAGUGGGGCAAAUGAAAAGAGACUACCAAGUGAUACACGACGAAUAUAUUAAGUUGAGAGCAGAAAAUAAUGCCCUGAAAGAUAAAAUAAAGUCUUUAGUUGAUUCGCAGGACGAUAUUAAAAAUGAACGUCAAAAUUAUAUUCCUAUUGCGGUUCAUACUGCCAGUGUAAAUGAAUGCAAAAAAUGGUAUGAAGAACUGAAACACCAAUAUGAGAAUGAAAAGGAAAAAUUAAAAGAGAAUAUUGAUUGGCAAGCAAAAGUAAUAAGAGAAUUAAACGAGAGCAUUAGAAUUUUGAAAAAAUCUAAAGAAGAAAUCGAGGAGAAGGUUCUUCAUCUUGAGAGGGAAUUGAAAAAAGCCGAAACUCGCCAACUAGAUUUGGAACAUACGCUGAACGAAGUCCAACUUUCCAAGAGCGCUUGCAGGAAGCAGUUGCACAAAGCUAUGACUUUUGCCAAGGAACUGGUUGCUGAGCAAGAGACCUUGCUGGAAGCCCUCAAUAUGAGACAACAAGAGAAUAAGGCUGUAAAAAAAAUUGGCACUGACAUGGCCCAAAAAAUGGAUACCCUAAAAUCUCAGUUAAAGGAUGUUCAAAAAUCGGCAUGGCAAGAAUUUAGUACAGUGGAACAGAGGAUCCAUGAACAAGGCGAUUUGAUAGAAUCUAUGAAAGACGAACACACAAAAGAAAUUGAAAGGCUACAACAAGUUAUUAAAGAGCAAGAAGAAAAAAUAUCUAAAGAAACUAAAAAAGAAGCUAGUGUACCUGUGAGCCCAUACAAAUUGUUUAAAGAUAAGUAUUCGUAGAAUUCAAAUAAAAAUGAUUGU